AUGUUCUGUCUGAAUGUAUGGGUUUUUCCACUCUCACUCAACAAAAUAGUGCUCACUAUGUCCGACCACGUUUCGAUGGGUGCCACUGCCGAUGCCAAGGUCAAGGACCAACCGAGAACAGUGAUCCAGGUAUCGGGUACUCAACAAGCACCACCACCGAUUAGCUCAGCAUUUACCUUCAUCGCAGCUCCUCCGUUUUAUAGACCGUGUUCUCCUCCAAAAUGGGUCAAAGCCAGUGCAGCUUCUUCAAGACGCUUACAUCGCUUGCGUUUCUUUAGCGUUGCCUCUGCUAUGCAACCCCUACGAGGAGCCACCUUUUCCGGCUGCGGUGCCCGUGGCACCCGAACGCUUCCCAACCCCACCCUUCGCGGCUCUACCACACGAGGACGUCGGGGUCGCUCAUUGGCACUAAGGGGACCUUUCCGACACGAAGCUACGUCUUCCCAAAAUAAAGAGCGAAAUGAUUGGAAAGCUAACCUUUCAGUGGUCACUCCCGAAGGAUACACCCACCACCUCGCCCAGCUUCACGCAUGGGCUAUUUUGGUUCGUCCACGUCGUAAUAGAUACUUGGGCAUUACGAAUGACUGCGUCACCAGUGAGCUGCCUCUCGACAAAUACCGCCCGAUUCCUCCAGCCGGCUAUCAGGCCACCCGCUGGGUCCGGUCGCUGUUCCCGAAUUACAUGCGCGACACCCCGCGUCCUUCUAACAAGGUGCCGGCGAUGGAGCUCCAAACCCUGGAGGCCGCGAUUAGAUUUCGAGCAGAGUCCCUCGCAAUCAUUCGAAGCACGUUGGACGGCAAUUAUCAGGAACCCGUUCGAGAGAGUCAACAAACUCCCCUUAAAUCAUACUCGUCCACACUGGCUCCUCCUCCUGGCGGUCCCUUCCAUCCAGUACUUUACCAGGUUGUUGCAGUAGGUUAUGGCAAUGGUGUGAUUUUAGAGGCCAAAGAUUUCUUUAUUGUCGGCCUGGAUAGACGAGACUUGCAUUGUAUUGUUCUGGAGCAAUACGCUAUCGAUGUGACUACGAAUAUGCGAGGCUUCGAUAGAUCAUUGAUAUCAGUUCAGGAUUUGGUGUGGAUCUAUUCCGUCACUCCCACACGAGCAGCCCUUCAAGAUCCGGCAUCCAUCUUGGAACGCUCUCGUAUCCCCAGGGCUACUGCAAUGGAAUCCUCAUCGGUCUACUUUUUCCGUGCAGAUCGUUUUGCUUUCGUGACACCCCAUGUGCUUCACAAGACUAGCCUUGGAAUGGUUGUUCAUCUAGUAACCCGAGGGGGCCGCGUUACGAAGUUUCUUGCCGUCUUUGAAGGCGCUCCAGAAGCAGCCGUUGUCACCCCGUCUCUGUGUGAUGCUGACCUCGGGCCGGUCUACAAGUACUCCAUU